AAGGAACUAAUUUACAAUGGCUUCCAAAUACAUCACAUUCUGCGCAACUGUAUAUUUCAUUCAGUCUAUAGCCGGACAAAGUAUCUACACACCUAACUGCGACUGUCGCUCUAUCACGAUAUCCGACAACGGUGGCUCACUGGCGAUUACUAGCACCGGCCCCAUCGCGCCCUCCGGCAUCGCCGUUGCCACGGACUUAAGCCUCGCUGGGGACCUGGACCUGUCCGGCGCGCUGCCGUACCUGAGCGCGGUGGCGUUCGAAGGCCAGUUCAACACCAACGGCACGGCUCCGGUGUCAUACGGGUGCGGGGACUGCGUCGCCAUCACGCAGGAGAUCGGGAACCCGAGUGCCGUAAACGCUGGCCUCUCGUCGGGAUAUAGCACUAGUGCUAUCAAUAGCUGUAGUAGACGUUCUUAAGAUAAAAUCCCAGUU